AGAGCCAGAAAAGCCAGAGAAAAUCAAGAAAAAAGGCGAUGCAAAGGGUCGUACUAGUACUAGUACAGUAACUAAACCAUCUGAAAAUAAUAGUUUAACAAACUGGGUGAUAAAGACUGAUAGCAAUAAGGACAAAAAGAUUCCCAAUAAGCCUAAUCAACCACCAAAGGCUAAUGGAAACAAUAUUAAAAAACCAAACGCUCAAUCACAAGACACUGGUUUGAGUAAACCAGUGCCGAAAACAACAAGUACAAAAUCUAAUUCAGUAUCAAAUUUCCAAACUGACUUAACAAAACUAGGCAAUAGUACUAAUAAUGUACAUGGAUGGGGUACAGGAGGCCCUAGUGUUAGUAGUAAUAAACCAAGUCCUAAACCACAAGUAAAAGGUUGGAAUAACACUAAAUCCAAUUCAACAUCAAAUGUCCAAACUGACAUGAAGAAACUUGGUAACGGUACUAAUAAUGUACAUGGAUGGGGCACAGGUGGCCCUGAUGGUAGUAGUAGUAGUUCCAGCAGUGGCAAUAGAAAUUCUACAAACAGUAGCAAUUCUAGCUUGUCUUUCUCUGGUACAUUAGGGGGUGCCGGCACUGGAAGAAGCAUAUUACUAGAUAAAUUUUCCAACACGUCUGCAACUAAUAAUACUCAAAAAACUAGUUCACUGAAUCGAACUAAUAAAACUCAAAAAACUAAUUCAAUGAAUCUAUCAAACUCUAUGAAAACUAGCCCAUUAGUAAAAUCUACAACCAGCACAAACAGCAGUUUCAGUGUUGAAACUGCCUCAGUCAAAACUGUGUUAUGCCCCAUUUGUAACAAAUCUGUUGAUGAAUUAAAAAUUAAUGAACAUCUGGACACAUGCCUUGAUAGUCCGCAAGAGCCAGAAGUUAUUUCAGAUAGUUCACAUAAAAAGAGGAAAAGUGAAGAUCAUUACUCUACAUCAAAUAAGAAACUAAAAGAUGAAAAUCAGCAGACAUCUUCAGAAACAAUAGAUUGUCCUAUGUGCUCCAAAAAAUUACUGCCUGUCAAUUUUAAUGAUCAUUUGCAAAAAUGUUUAUCAAGUGACAUGCUUGAAGAAGAAGAUGAUGUAGUGUCACUUCAUGAUUCUAGCUCUAGUUCUAUAAAUUUACAUGACUCUCCUCAUCAUUGUUUGAUUUGCGAUAAAAAAUUAGAACCUGGCAUGAGUUUGAAUGAACAUUUAGAAGAAUGUGUUGCUUCGGUAUUUAAUGAAAGUAAUGACGAUGAUUUUGAAGAGAAAGACAGCAGUACUGGUGACAAAUCAAUUAAGACUGAGAAGGAAGUUUUGGAACGGUAUCCCUGCCCUAUUUGCAUGUCAUUAAUUGAAGAAUCAUUCAUGAAUGACCACGUUGACAUGUGCUUAGCCAAAUCUAAAUAAGUACAAUUGUUAUGCAGAGUUAAUAACUCUAGGACUAGUGGUUACUUUAUUCCAGCAAAUUUGCUUUAGCUUUCAGUUUUUUACAGUACAUAUUAUGUACACUUAUCAAGCAUAUAUUCACUUAACAUUUUCGUUUUACAUUUCAUAGAUUAGUUCAUGUAUUUUCAGCAACUAGUUCAGGAGUUAUUCAAAGUUCCUAUAUUGUCAAUGUAAAUAUAAAAAAAAAACUUAAAGCCAUGAAAAAUAAUAGGAUCCUGGUGAUACUUUUAAUUUAAACAUAAUUUAUAAUGUUAUAAUAUAAUUUUUUUGUAUCAAAAAUACAUUUUUCUAUAAAAUCGUUAAAAUGUGCGUUGAUAUUACAAUCUAAUCGUCAUUUGUAGAACCGACUAUUAUUAUCAACCAAUCAAAGGAAGGAUUUGAAAAAGCACGUGUAGUACCUACUUUGCACGUGUCGGGAUAUAGCGCGUCGGCGACUGAUGGUAUAUAUGACAUAUUUUGUGUUUGCGUUUGUUUCGACAAUAAGCCGAAUGUGCGUAUCACAUUUAUUUAUAUACAAGUAAUCUUGGAAAAGUUCGCAUUGUCGUUUACGUUAAUUUAAUUUUUGAGUCUUUUAACUGUUUUGAAGACAAUCUAUAGCAGAUAAAAUAGAAGAAAAACGAAAGUGUAGGUUAGAAUUAGUAUGAACGGUUGCAAGUUGUAAAUAAACAAUGGCAACAAGGGAGAUUUUGACGAUUCAACUAGGGCAUUAUGCCAAUUUCGUAGGCACACAUUGGUGGAAUCUCCAGGAAACCAAUUUCUCUUACGAUCCUCAAAAUCCAUCAGAAUUCAAUCCUGAAGUUCUCUACAGGGUAGCAGAUGUUGGAAAUAAAGUAACCUCCACUCCAAGACUGCUUCUUGCUGAUUUAAAAGGAACUCUAGGAUAUCUGAGCGAAGAAGGGAACUAUUCAGAACUUGUACAAGCUAAUGUAAAUCAAGAGCCAGAAAUUUUAUGGGAAGAAAAUAGAUUGGAGACUACUGUACAGCCACCCGCACAGAAGUCAGCUUUUGUAAAAAGCCUAGAAUCAGGAGAGAGUAAUGAGGGAGUAGAAUUUGACUUUGAAAAUGAAACAAAGAGCUGGGUCGAUUACUUAAUUCCCAGGUUUCACUCUAGGACAGUCAAUGUUAUUACAGAGUACGAGCAUGGAUCUACUAGUCAGCCUUUUGACUUAUUUCCUUAUGGGCAAAGUCUAUGGAAAAGAAGUGCAUUUUCUGAAGACUUUGCAGAUAAAAUAAGGGUUUACGUUGAAGAAUGUGAUUUAAUGCAAGGUUUCCAGGUACUUUUUGAUACCGACGAUGGAUUUUCUGGGUUGGGUGCAGCAUGUAUUCAGCACUUGAGAGAUGAAUAUGGCAAAAGUAUACUAACCUGGCCUGUCUUGGACUCAACACCAAGAGAAAAGUCCAUAUCCGAUUAUGCAAAAGCCAUCAAUACAGUACUUUGCUGGCAUAAUAUAGGGGAAAAUACCUCUUUGUUCAGUCCAUUAUCUUGUGGUACAAAUGGCUGGCUUACCCCAGGCAAGCCACGAGCCGUUGAAAAUAUCACUUACAGAUCUGAUCUCAGGUAUCACACAAGUGCACUACUUGCAACAGCACUGGAUACACUUAGUUUAAGGUACAGGCAUAAAAAGUAUACUAUGUCUGCUCUGUCUGAUCUCUGUGCAGAUUUAAAUAAGCUUGGCAGAAAGGCCGUAGCCACUAGUUUAAGUUUACCCUUCCCAAUGGUUGAAAAGCAAGACUUGAUAGACAUGCUGGAUGACUUGGAUGGUGGCUGUCCAUGGGUGAGCUUGACUCCUAGUUGUAACAUAGGUAUGGACAAUGCCAUGCAGAGUCUAGCUCUAAGAGGUGUCCCUGAAAGUCGUUUGAAACGUCCCAUGCAAGAAGCACAAGAUCAGAUGAUAAAGCCUGCCUACAAGUGCUCCAGUGUACACGAGAUGUUGAGUCUGUAUAUAAACUGUUCUUGGUACUCUACUGGCACAUAUUUGACAACUGCUGAACAGCCAUUGAAGAUUAAAGAUCCCUAUCCAAAGAUAUUCAACAGUAAUAUCCUAGAGAAUGGAGAUAGCUCGCGAAAUAAAUCAAGAGAAAGUAACGUGAAUAGUGUCCCAGUCAUGGCAGGCUUACAUUCGGGCAAUUUCAUGGCCAAAAUGUACGAAUCUCUUCACGACCAGGUGAAAAAGGUCCGAAGCCUAAACAAAUUUCACGCGUUCGUCGACUCCGGAAUCGAGCAGGACGAAUUCAUGGAAAGUGUACACAAUCUUCUCGAUUGCAAAGAAAGCUACGAGGACCACGACGCCUAAAAUUAACGCCGAACAAAAUAUCAGAAUAUAUGUAUAUUUUUAUAAUACUCAGAACGCGCGCUGCGCGCGCCUUGCUAUCUUUCUUUUUAAUUCUCGACAUAAUAAUUAUAUAACGCAAUAUGGAAGAAUAAAAUCGCUGUUGUGAAAAAAAA